AUGCGCGUGGUGUCGUGGAACAUCAACGGGCUACCGACCACAUUCAAGGAGGCCGGCAGCAAGUACGGCUCCGUCGCCAACUUCUUCUCAAACGUCCUCCGCGCGGACGUGCUCUGCCUGCAGGAGGCGAAGGUGGCGGAGGAGCGGGUGGAGCGGGCGUGGGCGCUGGUGGAGGGGUACGACUCGUACUGGGCGUUCAGCCGCGACAAGAAGGGGUACAGCGGCUGCGUGACCUUUGUGCGCGAUGGCCUCACCCCCCUGGACGCGGUCGCUGACGCUGUUGGUCCCAACGGCCUCGCGUGGGAGGCGAGAGGCGCAGACAGAGCGCCCUGGGAGCGGGGUGGAGGGCUUGCUGUUGACACGACUGACGACCAGGCUCCUGAUGCGGAGGCUGGCGCGGAGAGGGACGGCGGGGGGAGAGGAGAAGGAGUGGUGGAGAAGGGGGACGGGGAGGAGGGGGAUGAAGGGGAAGGGGAAGGGGAAGGGUCGGUGUGGAGGGAGGGGCGGUGUGUGAGGACGGACCACGGGCGGUUUGUGCUGCUGAACGUGUACGUGCCGAAUGCAGGCGAGCACAAGCACGGGCGCCCGCGGCUGCAGCGCAAGAUGGCGUUCCUGCGAGCCCUGCGCGCAGAAUGCGAUGCGGUAAGGGCGAGUGGGCGGCACGUGGUGGUGGUGGGCGAUGUGAACAUCUCCCACCGGGACAUAGACGUGUUCCACCAGUGGCGCGUCUCCCACAUCUACUGCCCUGCGGAGCUGCAGUGGCUGGAUGCGCUGUUUGGAAGCCCCGGUGCGCCCUAUGUGGACCUCUUCCGCCACUUCCACCCCACCGCCGCCGGCGCCUUCACCGUGUGGGACCAGCGCACCGACGCCCGCAGCCGCAACGAGGGCCAGCGCAUCGACUACGCAGUGUGCGACGCCGCCUUCCUCCCGCACGUGCUCGCAUGUGACAUCGUGCGAGUAUCCCCCAAGCAGUGGAGCGACCACGCUGCUGUCGCCCUCACCCUCUCUCAUGAUACUUCCCUGCCGCUCCUGCCCCCUCACCCCCGCCCGGCACUGUCCGCGCACAACAUGCGAAAGUUCCAGGAAGAUGUGACGCAGAGGAAGCUGACUGCGAUGUUUGGUGCACGGAAGGGGAGAGGGCGGGGAAAGGGGGGACGGGGGGAAGAGAGGGGAGAGGGGGGGGGGCAGGCGGAGAGGAGGGGGAAGGAAGGGGAUGAAAAGCAGGAGAAAGGACUGGAGGAGACGGAGGGAGGUGGGGAUUCAGAGGACGGAAGAGGGAGGGGAAAUAGGGAAGGUAGGGAUGGGAAAGGUGGGGAGAGGGAAACAGGGGAUGGAGAAGGUGUGGAGAGGAGGGAUGGAAAGGAUGGGGGGAAGGUGUUGAAGAGUAUAGAGAGUAUUGAUAGGAAGGAAGGUGAUUUAGGGACGGGCAGUGGUGACACAUGCACGUGGGUCGGUGAUGGGCGUGAAGAGACGCGUGUAUCUGGUGAGGGUAAUCUGGGUGAAAGGGAGGGGGAUGGCAAUGAGAGGGGAGGCAGGGAGGUGCAUAGAGAAGCAUCAACUGGAGUGUCAAGGGUGGCAGUUGCAGAUGAAGCUGUGUGUAUGGGUGCUGUGAGCACAGGCUGCACAGCACACGUGAGCGGGGGGGUACAAGGAGAAGAUGCGUUUCGAAGGAGUGGUGUGCAGGUUGGCAGUGAGAAGGAGGCAGCGGAUUCUGACACGGAGAGAACAGAGGGUGGCGGGGGUGGUGAGGGAGGCGAGGGCAUUGGGAGAGUGGAGAGGAGAUGUGGAAGCAUGGAAGAAGGUGCUGCUGGCCGUGCUAAUGCUGACGUUGAUGCUGGCGGUGCUGGUGACGGUGAUGUUGACGGUAGGGAGGGGAGAGGUGGUACGAUGAGGCAUGCAGGGCACAAUGAGAGUCGACGAGAGAGGGGAAGUGGUGGUGGAGGCGACGGGCGCGAUACAGAGGUCCCAGCGGGGAGAGAUGACAACGACGAUGGUACUUCUAGUGCUCGAGAUGCGGUUGGUUUGCAGACCACUGGAUCAACUGGGCUCGCAGCAGUGGCAGCUGCAGCAACAUCGGCAGCAACAACUGCGGCUGCCGCACAAGAGCGUGGGAAAAGAAGGUCAAGUGGUGUGGGUGUGGCUGCACGCCGGAGCGGUGCAGCUAAGAGGGGGAGGCGAGGGGGUAGGGGUGGUUCUGCGGCUAAGAGAGUUGGCACUGGUGGCGCUGCUGCUGCUGGCAAAAGUGGCUCACAACGUUUGAUCACUCAGUUUGUCAAAAAGAACUGA